CCGCCUCUCCUCAGGCGUUCGCCGGCUCCGCAGCGACUGGAGGCGACCGGGGCCCAGAGACGCUGAAGGACGGCAACCCCCGCCCGGGCAUCCGUCGCCAACAUGCGGGUCCGCUAGAUGCAGUGCAUAUUCAAAUUGUGUAUACGACAUGGAGAAUUUCCAGGGUUACUCAUCUGCUCUGGGAAAGAUGCAGUCUCCAAGGACUAAAAGAAGUAUAAAAGCUUCAGCCUCUGUACGGCAUUCAACAUGUCAACCAAAGACUAGUGCAGAAAUUAUUAGUGAGGCCCGAACUUCACUGAGAAUAUUAAAGACGCAGAGACCAUUCACCCCAAAAGAUGACCAAAGGAAACUGUUUGGCUUGACUUCCUCUCGUACUGAUGAGAUUAGGCCUCCAUCUUCUUUCAGCCUUCAUGCUCGCAGUUUUGAAGGAAGUGAAUCAAGACCCUUGUCAGUAGCACGGCUCAGCCCACUUGAUCACAAACCAAAAAUUGCUACCUCUUCAUGUAAAGAUGAACAGCCUCCCAUUCCAAAACCGCCGCUGGACCCAAUCGAGAUCAAAAGAGUAAGCAGUGCUCGUGCCCGAUUGUUUAAAGUAACUUCCCAGGGAAAUCUUCUGCCUGACAAAACGAGUCAUCCUGAAGAAAUUAUAAAGAAGUUAAAUUCAGAUGGAUCCCUCAGCAAUAAAAACACUUCAUAUGAUGCUGAUAAAUCUGCCACAUCGCAAUUGAACACAAAUAUCUCAGCAACUUGGAGCACGAAAUGUGAGGGAGAAGAGAUGAUGCCUGACAGGAUUAUGGAGCAGACCAGCUCACUUUCAUCACAGAACAGUCUUGAAAGUGAAUUUGUUAAACAAGAUGUUGGACUUUCUAACAGUCCUGGAAGCACUGAAAAUAUCAAGGAACCAAACAGAUCAGAAUUGAAGAGUGGCUCAAGACCACAUGAAGAAGAAAGUGAAGAAGAGAUUCUGUACUGGAAUAUGAAGAUCCAGCCUAUUCUUGACGAACUUAAACCUCUAAGCAGUGGCAACAGUGUGGAACAUCUCUGUCAAACAUGUUACAGACUCCAUUAUACACUGCAAGAGGGAAACAUGCUAGGAAAAAUGUGUAAAAGGAGAGCUCUGCUUUUGAAAACAUUGUAUAAACUGGUGGAUCUUGGCUCAGACAAACUUUCCAUCGAGCUCGCAAAACUCAUAUUAGCGCUGAAAGUAAGUGGAAAAAAUCUUCUUAAUGUCUCUAAAUUGAUGUUCAAAGUUAGCAGAAGUGAGAACAAUGAUGCUCUCUUCCAAAAUGAUGAAAUCUUGGAUUAUCUUUUGGAGGUCUUCAGGUUUGCAGACCCACUCAGUAACAUCGAUGCUUUUUUGUACUUUAUGGGAACAAUCAAAUUCCUCACUGGGAAUGUGAUCUUACUCAAGGACCUACUCAACAAAGGUUUGGUUGAGUCUUUGGUACAGUUAAUGAAGGAGAUAAACGAUGCUAACAGAACAAGUGACACAUACUUUUGCAGCUCUGGGCACUUACUGGUCCAGGUCACCGCUACUCUGCGAAACCUGGCGGAGCUGCCUCAGUCCCGUUCUCGGUUCCUAGGCACUGGAGCUCUAUCAGAACUGUGUGUGAUAAUGGAGCAACACAUAAACGACAAAGACAUUUGUUUGAAUGUGGCCAGAAUAUUCAGCAAACUUUCAGCCUACAAUGAUUUCUGCCUUGUGUUGUCCGAAUGUUUCAGCUGCUACCAAUUAUUUUUGACCAUCCUCCACAGACACCAAAGGAAGCAGGAUUUAAUAGUCCGUGUUGUCUUCAUUUUGGGAAAUAUGACUGCAAAGAACAAUAAUGCAAGAGAGGAGUUGUAUAAACAGGAGAACAGUGUGGAAACGUUAUUGACUUUGUUCCAAAUAUAUCAUGAGCUAAAUAUUAAGAGAAAACUCACUCCACCACUGACUCAGAGCGAAAAAGGAAUGACUGAAUCCAAAAGCCAGAAACCUUCUGAGGUGGAAGAUGUCUUGAUAAAGUUGAUCAGAGUGAUUGCCAAUCUAUCUAUAAACAGCGAGGUCGGCUCUGCACUCUCUGGAAACUGGACCUGUGUGGAACUGCUCAUUAAAGUAUUAGAAUCAAACAAGGUUGAAGAAUGUGAAGAGCUGAUGAUGAAUGCGGCCGCAACAAUUAAUAACCUGUCUUACUAUCAAGUCAAGAAAUCUGCUAUCAGGACCAGGCAGCUGCAUAUCGCAGAAUUAAUGAUGAAACUUCUGCUGUGUAACAGCAUGGAUGCAAUUCUGGAAGGAGCCCGGGUCUUUGGUAAUCUCUCUCGAUCCAAGGAGAUCCGUGACUUCAUUGUACAGAAAAAUGUGGACAAAUUCAUGAUCACACUACUGGAUGCCAAGCAUCAAGAUGUCUGUUUCGCUGCCUGUGGAGUACUUAUAAACCUUACCGUUGACAAAAGCAAGCGCCCCAUUUUGAAACAGGAUGGAGGGAUCAAAAAGUUGAUUGACUGCUUGAGAGACUUUGGACUCACUGACUGGCAACUGGCCAGUCUUGUCUGCAAAACACUUUGGAACUACAGUGAGAAAAUAACGAUCGCUGCAUUGUGCUUUGGCGAAGAGGAGACUGGGGAACUAUUGGAACUCCUGUCUGCAUAUUUAGACGAAGGAAUAGCCUUGGACUUGGAGACGAAUGGUUCGGACGAGCAACUCGUGGAGCAGCACAAAGUUUGCUGGGAGUCGGAGUUUGUCCCUGUGGCACGACAACUAUUGCAGAGGAUCCAGAGGCAUCACAGUCACCUCGAACCCCUACCCUUCUCCCCAGCACAGAACUGACCCUCCUCUCAUCACUUCUUCCAGACGUAUGUUGUGGUGUGGCGUGGUUAAAAAAAAACAUGAUUCUGUAUUUCCUUGACAGAUGUGGCCUUCAGUUGCGAACAUUGAAGUUAUCACCCAACACCUCCAUUCCAGAUCCAGAUAGAAAUGCUUUGUUUGCACUUUGCUUGAUAGUUUAAUCUACCCCAUGGACAACAAAAUCACAGAGCCUUGAAAAUAUGUUAUUCCAAAUUUCCGAAAUUAACACUGUUAAAUUGAGUGAUGUGAUUCUUCCGCUGGUUGCUGGGGGUUGGUAUCUGAUCUUUGUAUGUGGCUUCCGUUAUAUUAAUGUACAGUGUAAGAUACAGAACCUGUCUGAACUAUAAUGAUAACCGAGGUUGAAAAACGAAAUAUAUUUUUGUACAUUAUGAGUAAUUUCAGCUCAAACGAGGCAAUCUAAUUUAAUGUGGAUAUCAAUUUUUCGUUUGAUAACAGAAUAAAAAUUCUACAUUUAUGUCUUCAUUA